UGUGUGUGAGGAGAUACUGUCGCGUUCUCCGCGUCUGGAAAACACGUAACAUCACGUAGCGCUAAGGGGUAUGUACACAAGUACACCCUCAUGUUGACUGUACGAGACGGUACGACCGCGUAGUAUUUCGUAGUGACGUGAUCGUUCGAAUGGUUCCUUCGGGCUUUGUGCAUUAUCAAAGGUACUUGUUACAAGUUUAGUGCGUCGGGUACUGCAUUGUUCUACAUAGUACCGGUUACAAAUGUGUCGUUUUCGUUCGUUCAGUUGGUCCUAAGGGACUGCAAAGGUCGUAUCGGUAUGUCUGCGAUGGAGGAGUUGUUUACAGAGCUUCCGGUGCCGCUUUUGAGCACGGCAGCGCUGCUCAGGCACCACCAUCAACAUACUAGAUACCAGCCGUAUCAUAGGCUUCACCAGCCUCAGCAUUUUCAUACGACACCGCUUCAUGAGCUGCACACGUUGCAGCACAGGACGGCGUACCAAGAGUCGCAGUCCCUUUUUUACCCGCAGGAUAUCCAGCAGGAUUCCGACGUAGAUCGAGGUAAAACGCACAUCUCAUGCCUUUACCCGGAGAUCCUAGCCAUCAUCUUCAGCUACCUGGACGUGAGGGACAAGGGCCGAGUGGCCCAAGUGUGUACGACGUGGCGGGAUGCGGCCUACAGGAAGAGCGUAUGGAGGGGCGUUGAGGCUAAGCUGCAUCUGCGAAGGGCCAAUCCAUCGUUGUUUGCUAGUUUGGUCAAGAGGGGGAUCAAGAACGUGCAGGUGCUGUCGCUAAGGCGGUCGCUUAGGGACGUUAUACAAGGUAUCCCAAAUCUUGAGUCUCUGAACCUGAGCGGCUGUUACAACGUUGCCGACAUCGGCAUUUCCCACGCGUUCGUCGCAGAAGCUCCAUCUUUAACCCAGCUCAACCUGUCGUUGUGCAAGCAAGUCACAGACAACUCGCUUAGCCGGAUCGCACAGUAUCUAAAAAAUCUAGAGGUGUUAGAACUGGGUGGUUGCUGUAACGUCACCAACACAGGCCUUGUCCUGAUCGCCUGGGGACUGAAGAAGCUGAAAAGGCUCAACCUACGCUCGUGCUGGCACAUCAGCGACCAAGGGAUAGGCCAUUUGGCCUUAGGAAACACCUCCUUGGAAUACCUCGGACUGCAAGACUGUCAACGGCUGUCCGACGAAGCUCUGAAGCACGCCACCGGUUUGACGUGUCUCAAAUCGAUCAACCUCAGUUUCUGCAUCAGCAUAACGGACAGUGGACUGAAACAUUUAGCUAAAAUGACGAAUUUGCGCGAGUUGAAUCUUCGAUCUUGUGAUAAUAUCAGUGACAUAGGUAUGGCGUAUCUAGCUGAAGGCGGUUCGAGGAUAUCCUCCUUGGACGUUUCGUUCUGUGACAAAAUCGGUGAUCAAGCGUUAGUGCACAUCUCUCAAGGACUGUUCAACCUGAAAAGCCUCUCGCUGAGCGCUUGCCAGAUUUCCGACGAAGGCUUGUCGAAGAUUGCGAACACGCUUCACGACCUGGAAACGCUCAAUAUAGGACAAUGCAGCAGAGUGACAGAUAAAGGUUUGACCACCAUAGCUGAAGCUUUGACUAGGUUAAAGUGUAUAGACUUGUAUGGUUGUACGAGAAUUACGACUGUAGGUUUAGAGAAAAUUAUGAAAUUGCCACAGUUGAGCGUUUUGAAUUUAGGACUGUGGCAUGUUAGGUGAAACGCGUUCCUUUAGAUUAGUUAUCUCGCUCGUGUUUUAGCAUUUUUGACGUAUUCUUCAAGAAGAUGCUCAGCCGUGUGAACGUUCACUAAAAUUUUCGUCGUCACAGCCAGGUUGUAGAAUCUCAGGAACUUCCUAAUUCCCGUGAGCAAGAUGCAAGAGAGAUCUUGAUCCGACGUACAGUAGCGGACAAAAGUUUGGAAAUAGUCAUUUUUAAAAUGUGCGGUAAUUUUUUAUUCUUUAUUAUUAAGGUCGCACGUCUUUUUUUUAGUUUUUUUUCAACUACCUGUUUACAGCAGUAGAGGAAGUGGUCCGAAUAUGAGCCCCCCAUUUGUUUUUUUUUAUAAAUUUUGGAAACUUACGAAUAAAUAUCCAGUAAAUUACACACUGCACGCUCAAAGGUUUACCUUAUGGUAUAUUAAAAAGGCAUUAUCAAAAAAAUUAAAUUUAGGUCGAAUUUGUGUCAACACUUAAAUUAUGUACAGAUCUACUUUUGGAUUAGACUGCGUGGAAUAUGGGCCCCCUAGUAAAAUAAUUGACAGGUAUCUAACAAUUUGAAAAAACAUAUAUUUUUCAAAUAAAAAAAACUGAAAAUGAAAAUGAAAAUACAUUUCAACUUAAAAACUAAAUAUUACACGCAAAAGUCACAAAUAUAUGCAUCUUUUUCGGCACCUGAACAUUGUUCGUGAGCCCAUUGAUUGCACAUGAAGCAUUGAAUCCAUAGCUCUCCUCUCUGGUCAUCGGAAAAGCAACCAUCACAAAAUAGGCAUGCUGUAUCACAGUCAUCAGGAACAGAUUUGCCAAUUUCGUCGAUAUCCAUAUCUUCAUCGUCUGGGACAAACUCGUGACUUUCAUCCUCAGAGUCGUUGACUUUAUUGUCUUUUGCUUGCUGUCUUUUUUUGUUAGUUGUCUUCUUUGCUUUUGAUUUUAAAAAGACUUGUCGUUUGGUGCUUGCUUUCUUAGGCGUGUUGGUGCAGGAUUUCUCUAACUCAUCCUUGUAGGGGGAAGAGGUGAUCACUUGCGAUUUAGUUGAUUUUCUUCCCCGAGUGGUAUUUUUCUUUGUGACAGAAGGUACAGGUGAAAUGUCAAAUGGUGAGACCAAUUUAACGGAAUUUUCCUUUCCUGGAACAGAUGGUCUAGAGAAAUUGGAAUUUGACGGCGACGAUGUUGCCUGGGAUUGUAAUUUAGCUGUAUCGUCCCAAAGAGAACAUCCUGGCUGAGGUUCUGGGGUACCAUGCUGGGGUUCUGUUGUGACAGGCUGCGCUUGAGGAAAAAUGUUGCAGUUUUUCUCAGCCUGAAUUCGUUCAGAUAUAAAAUCUGCUUCAGAAAAAAUGUGACGGUUGAACGGAUAUAUUCCCGUCGCCCUAAAACCACUAGCAGCUAUUUCGGCACACUGUGAUUUUAAAAAGGCUUUACCUAAAAGUUCUGCCAAGUCAAACUGUGUGAGGGCUCGUUGGUUAACACGAAGCCAAUUUCUAAUUUCCUCACUGUAAUAAGCCUUGAAACUUCCCAUGAAUGUUUUAUCAAGGGGUUGUAAUUUAUGAGUUGAGUGAGGCGGCAAAGAGAUAAUGGAAAUAUGAUUUUCACGAGCUAGUCGAAUUACUUCUAAGUUUCGUGUGUGGCUAUAAUGGCCAUCUAACACUAGCAGAACUGGACAUUCUUUUGUUGGUUUAACAAAUUUUAUGAAAUGCCUCAUCCAAUCGGAAAACAAAUUCUGUUGCACCCACCCACUUGGAUGUACUGCAUAGAUUGAACCUGGAGGAGCCCCUCGCAUCAGCUGUUCGUUGCGAUUUUUUCUCGGGAAAAUUAACAUGGGCGGUACAAAUUGACCUCCAGCGCUCAUUGCAGCUAUAAACGUAACUAGUGAACCCCGUUCGGCUGAGGUAAUUGAAGCAAUUUGCCGUUUUCCUUUUCUUCCCACCACUGAUGCCACCUUACUUUGAACAACUGAAAGCCCAGUCUCAUCUACAUUGUAAAUUUGGUGAGGCGAAAAGUUAUUUUUUGAGUAUUCACUCUGCAAAUUGUCAAAAAAUUGCUCCACAUUUUCCUUAUUGAAGCCUAAUGCUCUAGCGAAGGAAGUUCCUGUUGGUCUUCGAAUAGAAAGUACACUUUUGUGACGUAGUAAAAAUGCAUCCAACCAGCUUCUCCCCGCCACACCAUUUUUAAAUGGAUGAGCUAUUCCAUUACAAACAGCUAAGACAUAUGCCAUUUUUCUAAUGUCCUUUCUUGUGAGACCAUAGUAAGUAGCUUCCAUGGACAAAACAUAUUGAACAAGUUCUUCCUCCAGUUCUUUUCCUAAUGUUGUCUUUCUUCCUAGUUGAGUUUUAACUACGUCACUAAUAUUUAAGUUACCUUCCUUUUGUUUUUUUAACAGUCUUUGAAGUGUAGAUCGUGGCACGCUGAACUGUUUGCUUGCAGUUUUAAGACCCAUUAUUUUGUUAUUAACACCGUCCAUAGCCUUAACCAUAUCUUCACGUCUCCAUGUUUGUCUUAAGUUCUUUGAAAUAAACUUCGCCUUGCUUCGUGGCAUAAUGAACUGCAAAAACAACUUUAUUAAGACUUGGUCCGAAUAUGAGCCCUGUCCCAUAAUAGGACCACGGUAGGGGCCCAUAUUAGCAACAUUCCAUCUGAAUAUUUAAAAGCAUUCAAUUUCUUCUCAAUCCAUUAUUAGGUUAGUUUUUAUGUUGGGAUAUCAAAUACUGAUCACUAUUCUAACAUACUAACACAUCAACUCACCAGUUUUAAACAUAAACGUUAAUAAAUAGCACAAAAACACUUACCGUAAAAUAUUUGUUGAACUACACAAAUAAACUUAUGUCACCUGAUACUAUAGAGAUACACACGAGACUGCGUGCAUAAACAGAAAAAUGUUUGGGGGUCUAGUAGAAGUAUUUUAGUACGAAAUUCAUAGAUGUCGCGACGUGCUCUAGUUGAAAUAUAUUGGGGGCCCAUAAUAAGUGCAGGGCUCAUAUUCGGACCACUUCCUCUAUUCUAAAUCCUUUUCAUAUUAUUUUAUGAAAAAAAAUGAGUCGACAAAAGUAUGGAAAAAUUUAUUUUUUAUUACAAAAUUAAAUACAAUAACUCUGCAAAAACAUUUAAAAAAUACUGUUUAGCUAAUAUUUGGUAGCGUUGCCUUCAGCAUUCAAGACUGCCUGACAUCGGCUGCUCAUAGAAGAC